GUUGUUCAGUUUGAAUGCUUUGAGCUCUGGCUUCCGUCCUACCUGGUACUGGGGAGUUAGCAGCAAUGGGAGGCUGAAUCCAGCCUCCCUUCAUUCUGUGCAAAGGGCUUGCAGCCUGUCUUGCAGCCUAACACAAGGGUGACUGACCCAGGGGUAACACUGACUCAAAAGCUGCUGCUAAGACAGACUUGCUGGAGUAUCAGGCACUUCUGGUCAAAUGUGAAGCACUGUGUCAGCUUCAAACUCUCUUUGAAGCAACUCAAGUUGCUUGCUGGCUGCUUUGGGUACCUCAUUGUGUACCUGAGCUAAAGACUGCCUCCAUCUCUGAUGGUUUUUCUGCAGAUUCCCCAAGCUGCUGUUACCUGGGCACUCUGCUCCUCUCUGCUGGAAUACCACAGGCCUGCCCAAAUUAAGGCAGUCUGGCUCUGGUGUUUUUGUGGGGUUUGUUUGGGUUUUUUUUAAAUUAUUAUUCUAUCCAGUAAACUGUGAUAACCUGCCCCAAGAAGACUAAGAAUUCUCUCACUGACCUUUGUUUCCCCCAGCCAGGAGCAACUUCUUACUAGCUGGGGGAGAUAAAUCUUUAAUUGCAUCUAUCCAAGCCGAGAAAGCCCUAAAAUGCUUACUUUUCCUGUGCAAGUGAUCUAAUGUGAUCCAACUUCCAUAAAAGGGGACACACACUUCUAGGGGGAUGGAGUGAGGGUAAGAGUCUUAGUCCUUCCAAAGAGCACAGAUACUUCUGCACUGGGUGGCUGGGGUUGAGCGGUGCCACCGAGCUGGGGGAUGCUGCCAGCCCUGCUGCUCUCGGUGCCUCGGACAGGCAGCAAAGCAGCCAGGCAAGUCUCUGGGCAUAAGAAAAAUCUGCCUGACUUUGCCAGACCAAUUUUGAAUUAACUCAAAAUGCCUACUGUGAUCUUAAUACUGGAUUUUUAGUUACUAAAUUCUGCCAGAUAAAAUAUUUUACUUAAUUUUGUGCUUUUGGCUUAAGGCUAAUCCAUGCUCAAAUUGAGCAUUCUCUGCUGAAGUUGGGAUUAGCUAUCACAGACCAUCUCAAGUCUAUGAUCUCAGUUCUAGCCCUUUGGGCAAGUACAAUGCAGUUUUGGUAAUCAGAGUCAGAGCUGGUCAGAUGUAAAGUUAAUUGUUCCCACAAAUUCUUGCAACAUGUAUAGUUCUAAAAGUGCACAGUGAUUAUAAAAAUCAAUUUUGACUUAAGUAAAAUAAUUCAUAGGUAUUUGUAGUAUAUUAAAGUAGUUCUGUUGUGAUUUGGAAUUCCUGCUUCUGAAUUAUGCUUUAUUUAAAAAAUAAAGUUUCUUGUUUAAUCCUUAAUAAUCCAGGAUUACGGAACAUCCUGCUUUUUUUAAUAGUAACAGGUCUGCUUUAAUUAGAAAGGCUCAAAUACAGAUUAAGGCAUUAGGCAAACUGGAAUCCUCCCAUCAGUAAAAUGAUGAGAGUGCUGAGAGAACCAUUUAGAUAAUCAAAAUUACAGAAUGUUUCAUUAAGGUAUGCACAGUCAGAGUAGGAUAAAUGAAAAAUAAUGAACUUCUGAGACCUAGUAAAUUAUUUUCUUUCCAAAGUAGUCUAUGAUCUAGGUAGCAGAUCCUGCAAAUCUUCACCUGAAGGUGAAGGCCAAUGAUGUGAAUGUGAAGUUUGAAGAAGAGGUCCUGCCCAAGCAAUCCACAAACAAAAGAUUCCAAAGCUGCAUCACAGCGUAUCAAAUCAGUCAGAUUAAUUUCUCCUUUACUGACAGUCUGAUUAAAACCACCAGGGCAGCACCAGUCAAGGUGGUGAUCUGGACGGAGACAGCCUGGGGCAGGCUGAAAUAAGCCCUAAGGAAUGGAAAGCAGGAAGAUGUGAUUUGCUUUUUUUGUCAUUACUUUCUUUAAAAAAGAUAAUAAAAAUGAUAGCAGUAACCUGUGAGACAAAGCGAGCAUCUGAAAAGUGCAUGGAGAAAAUGAAUUUGAUACACGUUCUGUUCAAUAGAAUAUUAAUGGAUAAAAAGGAUUUGGGCUUUUGCUUAAUAAAGAAUUCCAGUUUUCAAAUCUCAUUUGAUGGUGUAGAUCCAAAAGGGUUUUCUACUCGGCAGCACAAGUUUUGCCAUUUCACUGUGGCCAUUUAGUCAACCAGGUUUUUAGUUCAGAUCUGUUGUGUUCAGGGAAUGUUUUCAUCUCUGUGAAAGUGAGAGUUUGAGGACUGAAGAAGUCAAAAUGCUGUUGCACAGUAUAAUUGAUUUUGUGUGUGUACAAUUAGCUUAAAGCAUUAAUAUAAAAAGCAGGUAGCUGCAUCUAAUGAUUUUUUUUGAGUAAUCUGAACCAUCUGCCUCUAGAUAUUAAGGAGUUCACUCUUUAAUCCAGAUUAUGGCUGACAAACUGGUUUUGGCAUUCACGUUUCACUAGCACUGUGCCCUUGAAGAGCUGGUGUGGCUGUAGAAACUCUUGCUGACAACCACUGGGUUUGGAAAGGUUCUUGGUUUGGUUUGGCUUUCUCGUAGUUGUUGGCUUAUAGCUCCUUUUCUCUUGAGAAGAUGGCUUUUCUAAUGAAAAGUAUGUUGAGCAACCAGGUAAAGAAUUUGGGACUUGGAGGUGGAGGGGAAGAAACCAAAGAAGAAAACACUCCUUCUGACCCAGCAGCAGCUGCAGGAAUGACCAGAGAGGAGUAUGAGGAAUAUCAAAAGCAAAUGGUUGAGGAGAAGAUGGAAAGAGAUGCUGCAUUUGUACAGAAAAAAGCAGAGCGAGCCUGUCUGAGGGUUCAUCUGAGAGAAAAGUACAGACUCCCCAAGAGUGAAUUGGAUGAGAAUCAAAUACAGAUGGCUGGAGAUGAUGUGGGUUUGCCAGAAGACCUGGCAAAGAUGGUAGAAGAAGAUCAGGAGGAGGAAGAGGACAAGGACUCUAUCCUGGGACAGCUGCAAAACCUCCAGAAUAUGGACAUGGAUACGAUCAAAGAAAAGGCACAAGCCACCUUCACUGAAAUUAAACAGGCUGCUGAGCAGAAAUGUUCUGUGAUGUAAAAGAGACACCACUAUCCACGGGCUGCCAAUUCAGUCUUGUCUCACAGGGGCUGCAGAGAGAGGGCAGGCAGGGGAAUGCACGUAGCUCUAUAGCAUUAAAUGUCAAUAUAGAAGAGCAAGAGAGAG